CUAUGAUGUGGUGUAGUGGGCAGGGUGGCGUUGGGUUGGUGGUUGGACGAGGUGGUCUUUUCCAACCUUAAUGAUUCUAAGGGACCUCAGAGAUCAUCGUGUUCCAAGCAAGGCUAUGGUGUGGAUCAGAGCUUCCCUCCAGCCUGCUCGCCGCACGUCACUGUCUCUCUGCUGGUGUCAAAGUGCCCAGAAAGGGGAAAGUCUGGAAGUCAUCCCACUAGGCACACACAAUGAAUAACAUUUAUGUUGUGGAUUUAUCGCAUGGAAGAACACCCUGCUCCACAGCUGACACCGACCUCGGGAAUUUUGUUGUUUUGCAUUCAUUUUAACUUUCACCCGAGUUAAUAGCCGAGCUUUUGGAUCAAACUGCUUGAAGCCCUUCGUGGGUUUGCAUAACGCCUUUGGAACUGGAGACUAUUACCCAGAGCCAACCAGAUGUGCUGUUGACCCCAAAACCAGCCCUCCACCUGGGAUAAACUUAAUAUGAUGCUCAAUGCUCACGUGGCCCAUUUAUGCAGUGAUACAAAUUAAUAAUAAUUAAAAAAAUAUGCAUUUCCCCAUCGAGCCCAGCAGCUCGGUGCAGGUCUGGUCCCCGCUUGCUGCAGUUCCUCUGUGCAGGAGGAUAAUUGCCAGCCUUGCUCAUUGCUUUGAGAUCUCCUCAUGAAAGCUGCAUGUAAGAGGCUGGCCGUGCUUAUUCAGCGCAUAAAUUGCUUGCUGUUAUUAUAAUAGGGAUUAAUUUGGCUGCGUGGCUUAUUUGGGUUUGCCUUUAACUGCCUGGCUUGUAAUCAGAGCAAAGUGAAUGCUGCUGGAGCUUCAUUUCCUAACUUCCCUGCUUGUUCACCUGGCGUUUACCAUCGCUGGGGUUUUAAUUAACAUGUACAAACCAGCAUCUCCUGCUGGGAAUUUGGGAAUUUCCUACUUGAGACAGGAUCCCUCCCAAUGGGGAAGUCUCAUCCCUAUCACAAGGACGCCAAAAUCUCUUUAAUUUUUGUAAGCCAUCACGUUUUUCAACGAAUAUCUUCAUGGGAAAAUCUGAUUUUCUCCCUUUUGGUUUCAUCCUGGCCGUUGUGUUGGCGUUAUGCGGUUUUAUGGUUUUGAUGGGUUGGACUUGAUGAUCUUCGUGGUCCUUUCCAACCAUAACGUUUCUAUGAUUCUGUGACGAUGUUUUCGUCCAGCCCACCCUUGGGUCUCUCAUAGGGCAUCCCUGGUUUGGGGUUGUUUCACUCUUUUCCCCAGAUUUAUCCAUGUGUAGGUCAGUAUUUCAGGCCAGGGGCAUCCGGCAUCUUCCUACCCACGGAAGUGGGGCUGACCCAGCCCUGGGGCAUUUUCCAGGUGCUGUUGUUCCCCAACAUGGGUUUUGGGGGGCACUCGGUUGGGAGAACUCAGCAUGAAGGCUUUGGUUUUGCCUCAGAAAGCGGCUGUCCUUCCCUGCGGCACUUUUUAUUUCUUUUGGCUGUGCUCUUGUAAAGCUGAAGCAGAUUAAAAUACAGUUCCUCCCCUACCAUGCUCCCCAAAAAAAAAAGAAAAAAAAGAAAAAGAAAGCCAAAAGCUUGGCUCCUUAAAAUCAUCCAGUUUCAGUCCUUUUAACAGUUUCCUGGAUCCCGGUGCAGGAUUUUUUAACUUCUAACCUCUAUUUUUCACAGUAAUGUAGCAGGACCAAGGUAGAGGAUGAACCUGUUGCAUGUUCCACGCGCACCUAGGGACUGUUCAAAGGAGAAUGAGCCUCUGUGGGAGAUGAGGGCCACUUUGGGGAUAUCCUUUUGGGGCAAAGUACUGAUGCCACUAGAAGGAUGGAGCUCUCAUUGUAGAGAUCUUUGAAGGGCUCACUUGUUUUCCUAUGGCUUUGGGCCAAAUGUGAUGAGUUGAGACUCUGGAGCUUGUCCAGAGAAGGGCAGCAGAGCUGUGAAGGGUCUGGAGCACAAGUCUUACGGGGAAUGGCUGAGGAAAUGGGAUGGGUCAGUCUGGAGAAGAGGAGGCUCAGGGGAGACCUUAUGACUCUCUACAACAGGUUGGAGCAAGGUAGGGGUCAGCCUCUUCUCCCAGGUAACAGCAAUACAAUGAGUGGUUAUGGCCUCAAGUUGCACCAGGGGAGAUUCAAGUUGGAUAUUAGGACAGAUUUCUUCUCAGAAGGAGUGGUGAUGCAUUGGAACAGGUUGCCCAGCGAAGUGGUGAGGUCACUGUCACUGGAGAUGUUCCAGAACCGUGGAGAUGUGGCACUGAGAGACGUGGUUAGUGAUCGUGGUGAGAUGGGUUGGGGUUGGACUUGGUGGUCUUAGAAGUCUUUUCCAACCUUAAUGAUUCUGUGAUUUUAUGGUUCUGUUUCUAUUCUAUUUGGAGCAGCUGGGCGAAGCCAUGGAAGUUUGGGGUCUAGAUGAGAUUCACUGCCCUAAAUGCAAGGGUCUGAAGACCAGUACACCACUGCUUUGUUCUCAGUUCACCACACCAUCAGCAGAGCCAAUAGCCCUCAAUCUGAUUAGGAAGAGCAUUACAAGGAGUUUAAAAGGAAAAGAAUCAGUCCUGUGCUAGUUGAUUGUACUGUUUCUUCUCAGAGAUCUCUUUUUGGUUUGAGUGCUUGGCUCAGUACUGAGAUGUUUUAUGGAUAGGUCUCGGCUCAGUGUCCUGGUAGCACCAUCUCCAGCUGCUUGUCUUCCUUCAGCCUUCAAUGAACCUUCCUGCUUAUUCUUCCAGCCUGCAUUCUCAUAGAUAUUUAGUCCUCAAACCAUAAGAACACACUUUGCCUACAUGCACUCACACGUGUGGACCACUCACAGUGGAUUCCAGAGCAGUAGCUGGAGAAGAGUUGCUCUCAGUGCGCCCUGUGGUUUUUGCAUCCUCAUUUGAUUUCUUUAACUCUCCCACCUUACAGAAACAACUCUGUUCUUCAAGGCAAGUGCCACACCUGCAAUGUCUCCUGAGCACACUGGUGAUGGGGACAGGAUCCAUCCAAGUUGAUCAACUCAGUUGAGCUGAGUUGUGCCAGUAGUAGGAUGGAGCUCCCAUUUUAGGGACCUUUGUAGGGCCUCGGUUGAGUUGAGUUGAGUUGGAGUUAAACUCUGUAUGUGUAGGAGCUGCUUUGCUGCAGAGCUGUGUCAGCAGCACUCAAUGGUAUGGGUAAUUUCUGAGAGUUCCUCUUUAUUUUGAAUGCUGAAUUCAUCCCUUCUGGGAGUCCCUGUUCACUGCAGGUGAGUUGGACUAGAUGACCUUUAAAGGUCCCUUCCAACUCAUAUGAUUCUAUGAUGAUGAGUCCAGCUCCUGCAGCUCAGAUUUGGUGCUUUUCAUCUCUCAUUCCCCAGCAUAUCCUUACCCAGAUCCCGUGCUUUUGCCCCAUCCUCACUUCCUCCCCAAAACCCAGAGUUGUACAGUCCCCACACAGCUGAAAACUCCCUACUUUGGGGGGGAUUUUGUUGUUCCUUGAGAUAUUUAAUCUGCAAAACAGGCUGCAGGUGGUUUCCCUGUGUGUUGUGAAGCUGGCACUGCCCACCUCCCGUGGCCAGCAAGGAAGAUGAAAUAGGGUUUGUGACUUCCUCCUUGAAGCUGUGGGUGGGGAACUUCGUGCCUGGCCGGAGAUGUUUGUGGUCGUUCAAGGGUGAACGGCUCCGUACUCAAGAUUUGACAGCAAUACAAAGACAUUGGGCUGCUCUUCCACCUGACUGAGGGAUGAAUUUCAUCGAAAAAGGCACAUUUAGGGUGCCAGCAUGGAGUGCUGACCUACCCAUGAGCUCAGAUCUCCAGCAUUACAGUUUCAGGAUGCCGAACAUCGGGUUCCAGAACCUGCCUCUCAACAUAUAUAUCGUGGUUUUUGGCACGGCCAUCUUCGUCUUCAUCCUCAGUUUACUGUUCUGUUGCUACUUGAUCAGGCUCAGACAUCAAGCGCACAAAGAGCUUUACGCCUACAAACAGGUUAUACUCAAGGAGAAGGUGAAGGAGUUGAACCUACACGAGAUCUGUGCCGUUUGCUUGGAGGAGUUCAAGCCCAAGGACGAGCUGGGGAUCUGCCCGUGCAAACAUGCCUUCCACAGAAAGUGCCUCAUCAAGUGGCUGGAGGUGCGCAAGGUGUGCCCGCUCUGCAACAUGCCGGUGCUGCAGCUGGCCCAGCUGCACAGCAAGCAAGACCCCGGUCCCCCCCAGGGCCCCCUCCCCGGAGCGGAGAACAUCGUAUAGCUCCAGGCCAGCACGGACUGCCCCGGGGCUGCUGGGGGGCACCCGGAGACGACCAAAGCACUACGGCACCAGCACGGAGCGAUGCUGGGGACGGGCGGAUGGAGAACUGAGAGCACUUUAGGGAGGGAGCGUCCCCCCCCCCCACGCCCCAAAACGACGCUUGGCUUUGGAAAGGGGUUUUCCUCGCCUGGAACGCGGAGCUCACUGACUGCUGGGAAGCCUCAGCACGACGCCUUGGGAUGGAGCGGUGCCUGAAUGCACUUAGCCCCCUCUGAGCAUCACCCCGGAGCUGGUGCCCGUCCCGCGCGGUGCUGUGGGGUCAGUGCCAUCCAAGGGGGGGGGGGGGAUUCUUGUCCCCGGUUGCAAUCCCUGUUGAGGAUUGUGGUUUCUCCUCCCCAAGGGCCGCCCAGGGCUUGGGGCCGGGUGCUUUUCGGGGUGGCUCCCCCCGCCCCCCGCUCAAUGCUACGGGGCUACCUCAGGGCUUCCUUCAUCCCCGCCAUGGGUAAGAGCCUCUCCCAUCAGUGCGACCACCUCAGUCUCACAGCACGGUGGGGGCAAACCCUGCCCUUUGGGUUAAUGUUGAGCCUGGCCCCUUAGCUUUCCAAGCAUGGAUGGCUCAGCACCAUCCAAAGCCCCCACCCAAGCCUCCCCGAGUGCCAAAGCUGCUGGGGGCUGCGCCGCCCCCUCCUCUCCUUUCACCCCAUGGGGCGAAUUCAGCCCCUUCCAGCCAUCAUUUCCCCCCCCUCCGCCCCCCCAAACCCUGCAGCUCUUUAUGGGAGGGGGGGUCCCAGUGUUACCCCACAGCAGCGCGGGGCUGGGUGGGCUAUGGGUGGGGGGGGUCCCUCCUGUACAUACCCCAUGACUCCCGAGACUGUUUAUGGAGCGUGGAGCCUCAUAGACGUGUUUGUACACACUACGAAUUCUGCAGCAGAAUAUUUUU